AUUGGUCUGGAGGUACUGUUGUAAGAUGGCGCCCAGCGAAAUAUGAGUGGUUGAGAAAAAGAAAAGCUAAUAGCUUGCCAUCAAGAGAAAACCACACAAAAUAAAGAACACAGCAGUCUCGUGGAAAGGUCAGUAGCACUUCACCCGCGUGCUCGUUGGAAGAAGAGCGCUGUUUCGAGGGUAGAGAAGCGCUCGUGGGCGGCUCGAGCCUCGGCCCGGUUGAGGAAGAGAGGUCCCCCUCACAGAAGUUAUUGUUGGCAGCAAUGAAUAACUCACUGGAUGGUACAGGCUCCUAUGAGGAGCUUGUGAGGCAGAAAGCUCGGAGCAUCCCUCAGCAUCGCAUGAAGGAGUUCCUUGAAUCCUUGGCUAGCAAGGGUCCAGAUGCCCUGCAAGAGUUCAGCCAGCAGAGCGGAGAUACUACAACUACCACCACUACAAUGGUCUAUCAACAGGAGGCUAACUGCAUCUACACAGACAGCACAGAGGUGGCAGGGUCAUUGUUGGAGCUGGCUUGUCCUGUUCAGGUGCAGGUCCAGCCGCAGCAGCAGAUACAGGAGUCAACGUCUCAGCAGCAAACUGUACAGCAGACGACAGAGCAGCAGAUAGUGCAGGUGCAAAUCCAGGGCCAGCAGCAAGGCCAAAUGCUGGGCCAGGUCCUUCAAGUGCCCUCUGGCUCCCAUCAACAGCUUCAAGGUGUGACUACUGCACAGCUGAUACAGCCCGGGGAGCUCACAGAGGAGCAACAACAACAGCUGCAAGCUCAGUUGGUGGCAGCUGUUGCAGGAGGACAACAGAUUCAAAUCCAGACAGUUGGUGCUCUCUCUCCCACCCAGCAACAGGACAACACUGAGAGGAGGGUACUGGGAACAACCGUUGCCACAUCGCAGGGAGCAGGCGUCCUCCAGCCGGCCAAGAAACGCAAGGUUGACAUGCCCAUCACUGUGUCCUACGCCCUGCCUGGUCAGCAGGUUGCAACAGUCCUAGCUAUCCCACAAGGACAGGGCCAGCAGCAGAGCUACGUGUCCCUACGGCCAGACCUUCUAACUGUGGACAGUUCCCAUCUUUACAGUGCAACAGGUACCAUCACCAGUCCCACAGGAGAGACCUGGACCAUCCCGGUCUAUUCCGCUCCCGCUGGUUCUGGAGGCCGUGAACAGGUCACACACAUUGCCAUCCCCCAAGAGGCCUAUGGCACAGUGCAGGUGGCUGGGGCAAACACUACAACAAUGACCACAAUGCCAACACAGGUUACUGUCGAGAACGAUAAGCUGAAAAACCCAGCCAGCCAGAGUCAGACAGCACAGGCUGUUUCCAGUAUAACAAGCUCUGGAGGAAUGGGAGGCCAGGAGGAAGUGGUGCACACACUGGCUGCAAAUACACUUUUCCCUGCCCAACUAAUGAAUGGAAACAUCCACAUCCCAGUGGCAGUACAAGGCUAUUCCAAUGCCACACAGUCUCUUAUCUGGGAUCCACAACAGCAGGUGCUGCACACACAGGGGCUAACGGGGCAGGAUGGGCAACAGCUGCAGGUAAUAACACAGGGUCAGACAGUGGUAGCAGAGGUAGACGGUCAAGGCCAGCAACAAGUGCAGGUGCAGGAGCUGCUUCUGCCAGCAACUCUGAAGCCGGAGGAGGGACUGGAUGUGUGGCGGCUUUGGGCUCAGCGGAAAAAUGCAGAGAUGGACAAAUCAGAUAAAAAUAAAUUGGCACCAAUUGGCCGGCGCCAGGCAUUGCGUUUCCAGGAGGACUUGGUGUCUUGUGCUGUAGCUGAGCUCUGCAUGGGUCUCUCUUUGAUGACAACAGAAGCUCGAGGGCUGGAAGGGGAGUCGUAUGAGGCCGAUGUUCUUUACUAUGUAUUUCUGUGCAUACAAAAAUAUCUGUUUGAUAACGGUCGUGUGGAUGAUAUUUUCUCGGAUCAGUACUAUACCCGCUUUGCUCACAGCCUGCACCAGAUCCUGGAUCCUUGGAGACCAUCUGUUCAUCCACUUGGUUACGUUAUCCCUAGCCAUGUGACAGAGGAGAUGCUGUGGGAAUGUAAACAGCUGGGAGCCCACUCUCCCUCCACACUGCUCACAACUCUCAUGUUUUUUAACACCAAGUAUUUUCAGCUGAAGACAGUGGACCAGCAUCUAAAAGUUGCCUUUUCUAAGGUUCUCAGACACACUAGGAAGAGCCCCAACAAUCCUAAAGACAAGAGCACCAGCAUCCGAUACCUAAAGUCAACAGAGAGGUUCAUAGGGCAGAAAGUUACAGAUGACAUGUAUUCAGAGCAGCUGGAGGACCCAGAAAACCCACUGAGAUGCCCAAUCAAACUCUACGAUUUCUACCUCUUCAAAUGUCCACAGAGCGCUAAAGGUCGUAAUGACACCUUCUACCUGACUCCUGAGCCCGUGGUUGCUCCCAACAGCCCCAUCUGGUACUCCACUCAACCCAUCCCAAAAGAACAGCUGGAACAGAUGCUGGCCCGCAUCCUCGUUGUCCGUGAAAUCCAGGAAGCCAUUAACAUGUCGGAGAGUGUGCACUAGAAGAGAACAAUGAACGGACUAGACUCUUCCUCUCUCUCUUCACCCAGCCUUUGAUUGCUCAAUUUCAGUAGUUUUCUAUUCUCUCACACCCUCCUGUGGUCUUUAAGGGUGGCAUGUAUAUGUUUAUAUCCAUUAUGUGUCUGCAUAUCUUACACAUGGACUGUACAUACACAUACAACUGACACAGAUAUUACUUGGUCUUAUUGAGGCAAUCUGUCUACCAUUACCACAGUUUUUUCUUUUGUUUGGCCAAAGGAUGUAGUGUCUAAUCUUUUUUAUUGGACCUGAACUCUAAUUUAAAUGUUUUAACUGUUGGUCUUCCUGAACCAAUAGUCUGGAACAGUAGUUAUUUUUCCUUUUAAUCUGUAAUAUAUUUCAUUUAUAUAUUUUCACUGGGGUCGGCCUGCGCUAUGCUGCUUUUCCUAGACACAGCUCUUCUCUCCCUCAUCUGCCUUUCUCACUGUUGAGUCUCAGAGUGAAUACCUUUGUGGUAUUAAGACUGCAAUAUGUAGCCAAAAAUCGGCUAAAAGUUCAUUUUCAACAUG